AUGUCUGCCGACCAACUCACCCAGUCCAUGGACAAAUUGAACUUGGAGAACCAGCCCUCCGCUGCUGCUCCUGCUGCCGCUGCUCCUGCUGCCGCCUCCGACGCCACCGAGCCUGCUGCCUCCACCGACGCCGACGCCGAGUCUGUUGCUGAGACCUCUGCCUCUUUGUACGUCGGAGAGUUGAACCCAUCUGUGAACGAGGCUGUCUUGUUCGAGGUGUUCUCUCCUCUUGGACAGGUCUCUUCCAUCCGUGUGUGCCGUGACGCCAUCACCAAGAAGUCGUUGGGAUACGCCUACGUCAACUACCACAAGCACGAGGAUGGAGAGAAGGCUUUGGACCAGUUGAACUACUCGUUGAUCGACAACAGACCCUGCAGAAUCAUGUGGUCGCAACGUGACCCAUCGUUCCGUAGAAACGGCGACGGCAACAUCUUCAUCAAGAACUUGCACCCGGACAUCGACAACAAGGCUUUGUUCGACACCUUCUCUGCCUUCGGCCGUAUCUUGUCCUGUAAGGUUGCCACCGACGCCAUGGGCCGCUCCAAGUGUUUCGGUUUCGUCCACUACGAGACCGCCGAGGCUGCUGCCGCUGCCAUCGAGAACGUCAACGGUAUGUCCUUGAACGACUUGGAGGUCUACGUUGGUAAGCACGUCUCCCGCAAGGAGAGAGAGUCCAUCUGGGAGGGCAUGAAGGCCAACUUCACCAACGUGUUCGUCAAGAACUUCGGUUCUGACUUCACCGAGGACGAGUUGAGAAACUUGUUCGAGCCUUACGGUAAGAUCACCUCUCUUUUCUUCGAGAAGGACGAGAACAACAAGUCCAAGGGUUUCGGUUUCGUCAACUUCGAGGACCACGAGGCUGCUGUCAAGGCCGUCGAGGAGUUGAACGAGAAGGAGAUCAACGGCGAGCCAAUCUUCGUUGGCAGAGCCCAAAAGAAGAGAGAGAGAGCCAUGGAGUUGAGAAAGCAAUUCGAGAACUCCAACAUGGAGAUGUACCAGGGCGUCAACUUGUUCGUCAAGAACUUGGAUGAGUCCAUCACCUCCGAGGACUUGGAGGAGGAGUUCAAGCCUUUCGGUACCAUCACCUCUGCCAAGGUCAUGGUUGACGAGGCCCAAAAGUCUAAGGGUUUCGGUUUCGUCUGCUUCUCUACCCCAGAGGAGGCCACCAAGGCCAUCACCGAGAUGAACUCUAGAAUGGUCAGAGGCAAGCCUUUGUACGUUGCUUUGGCUCAACGUAAGGAUGUCAGACGUUCCCAAUUGGAGCAACAGAUCCACGCCCGUAACCAGAUGAGAAAGCAAAACGCUGCUGCCUCUGGUAUGCCAGGUCAAUUCAUGCCACCUAUGUUCUACGGUCAACAACCAAACAUGUUCCCAGGUAACGGCAGAAACAACGGUCCAUUCCCAGGUCCUAACCCUCAAAUGAUGAUGCCAAGAGGUCAAAUGCCACCACCUCAAGGACAAUGGCCAAGAGCUGGUCCUAACGGCCAGCCUGUCCCAGUCUACGGUAUGCCACCAGUCUACGGUGACUUCAACGGUCCAAACGGUCGUCAACAAAGAGGUUACUUCCCUAACCGUAACCAAAAGGGCGGUCGUCAAACUAGAGACUUGGCUGCCAUCAUCGCUUCUGCUCCUGCUGACCAACAAAAGAGAAUCUUGGGUGAGGAAUUGUACCCAAAGAUCGUCUCCACUGGUAAGGCUCAAGAGCCAGAGGCCGCUGGUAAGAUCACUGGUAUGAUGUUGGACUUGGACAACCAAGAGAUCUUGGCUUUGUUGGAGGACGACGAGUUGUUCACCAACCACUUCGAGGACGCCUUGACUGCUUACGAGGAGUACAAGAAGUCUUCUGAGGAGCAACUGGCCUAG